AGUGCGAUGCCUCCAGUACACUUCUUGCCACGAUGGUCGCAGCACGUACGCUCUCGCUUCUUUUAGCCGCUUCGGUCGCUGUUUCGCUCGUGAGCGGCGCGGUGCCUAACCAUGUGCGCGUGCGCAGACAACUUGCGGAUGAUAACUCCUUGCAGCCAAUUGAUGACUCGGAAGGCGAGCAGCAGACCAGAGACAAAAGGAAGUUCGAGGCGGUGGCACAGUCUAAGUUCGGCAUCAAAAACGCCAUCCUGGGCCUUGUUUUUGGAGGCAUCAACUCACUGAUCGACGCGAAGACAAGACUGGUGGACAAUUUGGACAAGAAAAAUAUUGAAAUAAACAAGCAAUACGGCAUUGAGACGCCACAAAACGGAGUUGGAGGUCUCGUUGGUGCCAUUGGACAAGCUAUCCAACCUAAGCUACAGUUGAUAGGACCCAAGAUCCAAACUGUGACGUCACUGCUCGGUGGUGCUUCUGGAGCGUCAAGUGGACAAGGUGGGGGCGCCAGCGGUGGUGUGGGCUCGUUCGUCAAUCUUCUAACGUCUCUCGCAGGCUCGUCGUCAGGUUCUUCAUCAGGCGGGGCCAAUGCUGGAGGAACUGUUGAAACUGUCGACUCCUCAGAGGAGGAUAGCUCGUGAUCACUCAAAUCCUUUAAUUACACUACAGCACUCGAUAUCGAUGUAACCUUUUCCCUUCACUAUACAUAAAUUAUGUAUAAAAUAAGUUUUAAUUUGAGAGUGCUAGGAGUAACCGAAUUACAAACUGAGACUAACAUUGUUUCGAAAGGUUUACUUGCCAUACUGUAUUGGUAUUUAAUUGCAUAUUACAUAUUUCGAAACAAUUAUAGUCCUUAUUGCAACCUUUUUGAGUAUCUUUCAAAAGAUUCGCCUAUAUUCGGUUCGCAAUCAUCGUUUCGGUAAGGUGGUAUUAGUCAUAUUAUAAAGUUGUCUAUACACACUACGAUUUAACACCCGAUUGGCCAGGCCAACAUGUAGGGUCAGAAGUGAGUCUCGACUGCAAUUUGCAAUGUCGGCUCGUCUGAUUAAUUAAUGUACAUGCCCAGUAAUAGUCAACUCGACAAAUCAGCCCGACUAAUCGAGUAUCAAAUCGUGUCGUGUGUAUUCUCGCUUUAAGUCUGUAUUAGGAUUGUUUCGUCGUAUUAAGGGUGUACAAUUCGACGUAAAAUUUAUCGAUAUCGAGUGUAAUAGUAUAUUUAUACAUACACUCCUUUUCCUAACCUAGUUAUUUCCUUACGCUGUACAGUUCAUGCGGCCAAUUGCACUCUCAUUUUUGUAUUUAUAUUGUAAAUAGUUUUAGGUGAACGCUGGUGAUAUUAAACGUUUCCUUCAAA